UUUCAUUGGUGAAAGACUAGCCGUCGUCUCUGACUCUCGCGGUACUGCUGCACGAAGAUGGCGGCCGAACUGGUGGAAGCGAUGAACAUGGUCAAAAGUUUCCGGGUCUCAGACCUGCAGACGCUGCUGGCCUCAAUGGGUCGCAGCAAAAGCGGGCUGAAACAGGACCUGGUGGGGCGUGCGCUGAGGCUAGUGCAGACCGAAUACAGCCCAGAGCUUCUGAAGAACGUCAGGCAGCUCUACGAGUCACGCUUCCCCAAAACAUCUGGCUGGCUUGCGGCACGUCGUCCAGAGGGUGUCCCAGUUGCCUACUCCUCCCUCAGCUCUUCCCCCACUGCCACCUCUCAGGGCGCAGACUACCUCAACGGCAUUUCCAAACCGAUCCCCACACCUGCAGCAGAGGUCAAGCUUGUGCCGCUGCCCUUCUACCAAACUUUAGAGACACUGUUGCCACCAACAGAGCUAAUUGCCCAGAACAAUGAGAAACUGCAGGACAGUCAAUGCAUAUUUGAGUUAACACCAAACCAAGCAGACCAGGUCAGAAAUGCAAGUGAGAUUCGUCCUGGAAUGAGAUCAAUCCAAGUGGUUCUUAGAAUCUGUUACACAGACUCCAUUGGUGUUCAGGAGGACCAGUAUCCUCCCAACAUUGCUGUCAAAGUCAACCAGUCCUACUGUCAUGUGCCGGGCUAUUACCCAUCUAAUAAGCCUGGUGUUGAACCCCGUCGUCCUUGUCGUCCUGUGAACAUCACUCCCUGGUUGCAUCUCUCCAAUGUCACCAACAGAGUCACUGUCACCUGGGGGAACUUUGGCAAGCGGUACUCUGUGGCAGUGUAUUUAGUGAGGGUUUUCACUGCGGCAGACCUCUUCAGCCAGCUCAAACUCUGCUCUGUCGAGAGUGCAGAACGCUGUCGUGAACGCAUCCAAGAUAAACUACGUUUUGACCCAGAGAGUGAAAUUGCGACAACAGGCCUGCGGGUUUCUCUCAUCUGUCCAUUGGUGAAGAUGAGGCUCGGUGUGCCGUGUCGAGUUUUAACUUGUGCUCAUCUUCAGUGUUUCGACGCAGUCUUCUUCCUGCAGAUGAAUGAGAAGAAGCCCACAUGGACUUGCCCCGUCUGUGACAAGCCCGCUCCCUUUGAGCUGCUCACUAUUGAUGGGCUGCUAUCUGAGAUCCUGAAAGAGACGAGUGAGGACAUUGAGGAGAUUGAGUACUUAACCGAUGGCUCCUGGCGACCCAUCAGAGAUGAAAAGGAGAGGGACAGGGAAAGAGAACGCAGCAACACACCGGAGUAUCCUGUUGUUGAUAUAUGCAUUCCUGAGGCAAACGGUCACUCACCGGCCCACAGCAGCACCAGCCUGACGGGCAAAUCUGGAAGCAGUUCCGUGGGGAUGGCUGGAGUCACAGGAGGACCUGCUGUGGCACCGGGAGGAGGUGCAGUGGUAGAUCUGACUCUUGACUCCUCCUCUGAGGAGGAAGGUGGCGGGGCAGGAGGCGACAGUGAGGACACUGAGGACAGCGCCGACAGUCCUGCCCCAAAGAGGGGCCGAUACAACUACGACAAGGACCUGGUCACUGCCUACUGACCCCACAGCUCUGUCCCCUCAUAAACUGACACACACACAGAGACAGAGAGGCAGGGGGCUAAAAACUCGAGGACAGGAACACCGUAAUCCACUAAAUGCAACGACCCUCCCUUACGCCCCAAUCGUCAGAGCCUUUCAGCAGCUCUGGUUUAUAUCCAGAUAAAACAAACACACUUAACAUGCACUGUUAAUGAAUCUUGAAUCUAGAGUGAUUAGGAUUCCUCCUUGUACUGUACACCACUGGAAGCAACUCUAACUCUCUUUGGCCAACCGUCACCUUGCAGUGAAUAUUUGUACCGCCCUGCCUCUACUAAAGAGACUGAAUGGAUCGAGCACUCCACCCCUAACCCCACCCACCUUCCUCCCCUCUUUUCAGACUACUCCCUCUCUACCACCGCAUCUCUCUUUGUAUUUGACUUGGAAUUACUGGCUUUUUUAGCCGUUGGGCGUUAAAUGUUUGCGUCUGUGAUUAUUGUCACAUUUGUGAUGAACAGGCAAGUUGAAAACGGAGGCUCCUCAGAAGUUUUUGGUAGAAGGUCAAAAACAACUAAUGGAAAGAGCAUGGAUAAUUUGGGGGAGGACAAGGCAGAGAUAUCUGGAGUGUGAUGCAAAUUUAAACCUCUCGCAUUGUGUUAUUAUUUCUUUGUUCAGAGAAUGAAUUCAAAGCUUGAAAAGGUUUUUUCAGGAAUUUAUCAUUUUUAGUUAUGAAAGGGCAGAACACAAUACUGGCCUCAGUGUGUGAUGCUUUCCAUUUUUAUUUUGUCCUUUAGAUAAAGAGAACCUACCUCAGUCAUAAAAACUUAGCAGACUGACCAGAGACUAGUUUAGAAAGAAGCGGAGGACAGAAGAAUUGAGUCUUUCUGAAGCCAAUUUUACACUGGAGAUUUUUGUUGUUUUGUUCUAAUUUUUUUUUAUUCCAUCAUCCCGUGCAGCUCUGUUCCCCCUGCAGCAACAAAAUCUUUGUUGAAGGCCGAGUUAGUUUGUGGAUAACCGAGCUAACUGUAGGUGUCAGUGAUGCAACAAGGUGUGGGUGGAACUUUACCACUUUGUAAAACAUCACUGCAGUUAUCUUAUUAUAACAGGAUUUGUUGGGGUUGAUAUCAGCAUUGUCCAUGGAAGUCAUCAAAAUUACUGUACGGCAGGUGUGCCAUCGCAGAUGGAUUGUAAGAAUUCACUGACAGGAUAUGGUUACGAGAUUUUGGUGCCUUUAUUUUGUCGAGUGGUGAGGAUUGGAGCUGGAUGUUUUAAGGCUUGCUGAGCUUGACAGCAGAUGAUACCCCAGUCUGAGAGAAGAUGUUUUAUUUCAUUUAGGAUUUCCUUGGGUGUAUUGGAUGUGGGUUUUUUUUUUUACCAGUAAAAGAAAUGGACCGAGAAGCAGGAAAAAAAAAUCUGCGGGAAAGAACAAAUUCAAAAGUGCUGUCAUCCUCCCCCACCCCCACAUUUUGGUGACCGUCUCUCAAAGUAUCAUAUUUAUUGACUUGCUAUACAUUCUCUUAACAGUUAAAUCUACAUAAUAUUUGGCUGUAGUUCUGUACAGACAGGAGCUAUUAGUUGCAGAAAGCAGGAUGCCUCUGCUGUAGUGGUUUGAUUGUUGGAAUUGGUCUGGGCUCAUGGCUGUGCUGUUGAUGAAUGCUCCUUAUUUUUAUUUUUUUCUCUUUUCCUCUGAAUGAAUCUAACCUGGGUCAAAGCACAGUUCAGAGUACUUUUCUACGUUGGGUCCAACAUGUCUGACACAACGAAACUUAAUCAAGUGUCAAUAAGUGCAACCCCACCAAGCUUAAAGUCAUUGAUUGGAUUACAAAUGGGCCUGUCUGGAACAAGUGGAUCCGCUCCAACCAACAAUCCCCCUCGGCCUGCUUUCGAUGUAGAUAAGGUCACAUCUAUUGGCUGGAAUAGAAUCGGACUUUAAUUGCUACGUGCUGUAGGCUUACAACUAAUAUUCCUCUGCACUUGCACUAGUGUUGUCAGUAUGUGAUUGCUGCUCCUCAGAUUAGGAUACUCGGGCCGCAUGUGCAGGCGUUAGGUUUGCCUAAGGCCAGCUGCAUUCGCUUGAAGAUGACAAAUGGUUUUGCUGUGUUGUUAGAGCUAUUUGCACUUUCAUCUGAUACUUCAUCCUGUGUUUAUGGCUUAUUUCUUUUAAAGGCAUCAUGUAGUGAGUACUAAUCAAGGACCCCGACCAUUGUGAUCAGUUGUGCUCAAACAUCUCGUGGGAAUCAGAAAAUGUGAAACUAGAAAAUGCGGCUGUCCUACUCUACUGUGAGAGACUUGGGAGGGGGGGAAAGUAGUGACUCAGAUUAGUUCUGCAUUGUAUGCUUCCCUAUCUUGUCAUCCCUUUGUUGCGGUUAGAUUAGCACAGAAUCUGGUUUUCUUUUGCCUUUCUCAAACACACAGAGAAGUGACAUUUACACACUGAUCCGGGGCCUCACUGUUGCAAGUACAUCCUCUGACAGGUAGAGUCAAAUAUGGUCUUCCAUUUUUCUCCUCCUCCUUUUUGACACUGAUAUAACUUACAAAAUCAAUAUACUGGUGAAAAAUGUUUGAUAAUCAAUACAAAAUUGAUUGAUGGCACUUUCUCAGUUAUACAUCAGUCUGCCCCUUAAAAGGAUCUUCAUUUAUGAAGUGCUUUGAGGCAAAAUAAUGUAAGAACUCUUGAUAGUUGUCAUGAACUAGGCAAUUUGUAUUUGUAAGUAACUGCUAUACAUAAAAAAAUUACAGUUAAUUUGUUGAUGGGUAUAGAAGGCCAUUAUUUGAAUUCUCUUUGCCUUAUGGUUAAAGAUGAGAGGUGGUGCAGGUUGCUUCUGUGGAACUGAGCCAGAUGUGUUUGCAGGUUGUUUGGGAGCUGGAGAGAGCUGAGGGUCUGGUCUUUUUGUAGUGGCAUCUCUUAUAAUAAUGCAUAUGGUAGCAUGGGCAGAGGCUUACAAUCCAUGAUGUAAAUGUUUUGUUUGUUGUGUUUUUUUUAUAUGUUCAUAUUAAAAGACAAUAAAAUCUAAAUAAUAUUUUAUUAAGCCUUGAAUUGCCUCCAGUUGUUCCUAUAGGCAAACUGACAAUAAGAAGCUGUUGAGGGCAACAGCACCUGAAGCUGAUGCCACAGAGGACUGGAAGGACGGGUUAAGGUGGAGAUUUUUAUGUCUUGUACCAAAUGCUCAGAUCUGGGGACACAUUUGAUGCCUGUUGAGGAUAAAACUGUAAAAUUUAAAAUGAUCGUAUUCUAACAGCUGUUAUUGACGUGUGGAAUUAAUUAAAAUCAGUUCUUAAAUACA